GCUCCACUACAUCUUGGAGCACAUGAACUACUGGAUCGUGUUCAGGGUGUGGCAAGAGAGAACCAGGACCACUAGGAGCAGCACGGCCCUGCUCAGAUUCACCAUCACCCUUCCUGAGUUUGACAACUCAGCAGAGUUCCCCAGGCUGGGUCACCAUGUGGCAGAGCUGGCUCUGUUCAUCAGUGACCCAGAUAAGGACCUCAGCCGGCAGGCCAGGGAGGGGGUUUAUCGGCUCUACCAGCUGCUCCUGCACCAGAGGGUCUUCGGAAAGUUCUUUGUGGAGAGGCAGAGAAGAUCCUUCCUCCGAACGGCAGUGCUGGCCAUCCACGACCCCCUGCUGCUUGUCAGCCAGGCUGGGCUGCUCCUCACCUGCUCCCUCCUGGGGGAAGCCCAGCAGCUGAUGGGGGGGUGGGACAAGAUGAGUGCUACCCAAGAAGGAGUGGACUAAAAGAUGGUCACCUGGCUGAAGGGCUGAGUUUCCAGCCAACAAACUGCCAUAGUUCCCUAGCGACUAUCGGCGAGGGUGCUAGCCCAGCAAGAAAGCUGUGACACCAGGCCUGGCCAGAAAGGGGCACCUAUCUGUGAGUGAACUCUGUUACAAGGCUGCUUCCAUUAUGGUAUUGGUGAGUGGUGGGGAUGGCCUGUGGGAGAGGAUGGCUGGAGUGGUCAUACAGAAGGGGCAGCGGGGUCCAGUGAUGAGAACAGGGAACAGCCCUGACACUGAGUGGUAACGUGAUCCUGUCCAGGUCACUCUCCCACCUGGUGCCUCACUCUCUCUAGCUUUGAAACGGGGAUCAUCCUGACCCACAUUAGGAAAGUGUUUGAUCGUCUGCUCUUGCUUCCCAAAUUCCUGCCCUCCUUGCCCCACACAGGUCUCUACCCUGUUCCUCAACC